AGCCACUAGCCCGGCUCGGACGCGCUCCUCUCCAGAUACUCCGGGAGCUCAAGCCGGGCGGAGCGCGCGCCCUUACCGCUCUGCCCCCAAACUUCAGCUGCAGCUACAUUCCAAGCCAUCUAAUUUAUUCCUCAAAACCAGCAACUGAACCGCGACACUGGGAAGGAGUCCGCGGAGGAGUAAAACAGCAGCAGAGCCAGAAGAGCUCGAAAGAGCAGCCUCCCCGGAGCAACAACUAGGCUUCGGGAGCGCAGAAACCAACAAGUGAGAAGGCGCCGCAUUCCCGGGGCGCAGCCGCGGGCGGCGGGAGCAGGCGCAGGAGGAGCCAGCGAGCGCUCCCGAGCCGGGAGCCCCAGUGCCGGAGCCCCAGCCGCGGUCGUUGCGGCUGCUCCGGCCCGGAUCUCUCCGCACAGGCUGUGCCGGGCGCUAGGCAGUAGGCUUCGUUUCGCCCUGGUUGCAAGCGGCGGCCGAGAGCAGCCGGUCCCCGGGGAAUAUGCGGCGCGCUUGGAUCCUGCUCGCCUUGGGCUUGGUGGCCUGCGUGUCGGCGGAGUCGAGAGCAGAGCUGACAUCUGAUAAAGACAUGUACCUCGACAGCAGCUCCCUUGAAGAAGCUUCGGGAGUGUACCCUAUUGACGAUGACGACUACGCUUCCGCAUCAGGCUCGGGAGCUGACGAGGACGCAGAGAGCCCGGAGCUGACGACAUCCCGACCGCUUCCAAAGCUAGGGUUCACUAGUGCCGUUCCAAGAGUGGAAACCACGACGCUGAAGACACAGAACAAGAUACCCGCUCAGACGAAGUCACCUGAAGAAAUUGAUAAGGAAAAAGUUCAUCUCUCUGACUCAGAAAGGAAAAUGGACCCAGCUGAAGACGAUACAAAUGUGUAUACUGAGAAGCACUCGGACAAUCUGUUUAAACGAACAGAAGUCCUGGCAGCUGUCAUCGCUGGCGGAGUUAUCGGUUUUCUCUUUGCAAUUUUCCUUAUCCUGCUGUUGGUGUAUCGCAUGAGGAAGAAGGACGAAGGAAGUUACGACCUUGGAGAACGCAAGCCGUCCAGUGCCGCUUAUCAGAAGGCGCCUACUAAAGAGUUUUAUGCGUGAAACUCCCACUUAGUGUCUCUAUUUAUGAGAUCACUGAACUUUUAAAUAAAGCUUUUGCAUAGAAUAAUGAAGAUCUUUGUUUUUUUGUUUUUUUCAUUAAAGAGCCACUCUGGCACUUUAAUGAUAAAAUCCCAUUGUAUUUAAAACUUUUCAUGUAUUUCUUUAGAACGACAUAAAAUUAAAACGUAACAUCUGCAGUGUUCUGUGAAUAGCAGUGGCAAAAUAUUAUGUUAUGAAAACCCUCUAUGUUCAUGGAAUCGGUUUAAACUUUUAUGCGCAAAUACACGAUUGUUUUUAUCCUAUGGUUCGAAGAGGAAGGCUGUUUGAUUUGUGUCCGCAUGUCUCCGAUUGACCUUACCAAGAUGGUCUUAACUUUGUUAAUUUAUCUGUUGUUCCCCUCUCCUCUGCUCUUUCCUCUGGUCCCCUUGAAAACAAAACAAAACUCUAUGCCUUUUUGUAGCUGUUACGGUGCAAUUUGUCUUUGGAUAAUUCAGAUAAUGGUAAUUUAGUGUAUAUGUGAUUUUCAAAUAUGUAAACUUUAACCUCCACUUUGUAUAAAUUUUUAAGUGUCAGACUAUCCAUUUUACACCUGCUUUGUUUCUCAUUACCUGUAGCUUCAGGCAGAUUUGCAACAGCAAAUUAAUGUGUAAAAUUGGAUUAUUACCACAAAACUGUUCAGUCAUAGCUAUCUAGUCAGAUCUUCUUUUGGGAGGAUUUGAUGUGAGUUACUGACAAGCCUCAGCAAACCCAAAGAUGCUAACAGUAUUUUGAGACGUUGCUGCAGAUUCCUUUGGCCACUGUAUUUGUUAAUUUCUUGCAGUUUGAAGGUACGAGUAGGGGUUUAAGGAAAAAUCAGUUUCUGUUCUUAAAAAUGCAUUUAAGUUGUAAACGUCUUUUCAAGCCUUUGAAGUGCCUAUGAUUCUAUGUAACUCGUUGCAGACUGGUGUUAAUGAGUAUAUAUAACAGUUAAAAAAAAAGUUGGUAUUUUAUAAGCACAGACAAUUCUAAUGGUAACUUUUGUAGUCUUACGAAUAGACAUAAAUUGUAAUUUGGAAACAAAAACUACUGAAUAAAUCAUGUGGCCUAAUAUUGAAAAUGUCACUGUUAUAACUUUUGUACAUUUUCGAUCAAAUGUACAUCUCCCCUUUGCAAAUGACCAUCUGCUCUCGAGGAUGAUGAUGUGGGUUUGAUUUCUGAGUGGGUCCGUAGUGUCUGUGAAUCAAAACCAAAGAGCUCAUGGAUGAGGCUGUUUAUUACCAGACUCUCUUGUGAAUGGGCCAGAGGAAAUCUGAAUGUAUCCUCCUGCCUGGGUUUGGGUGUAGCUAUUGGAAGACCGCCAGGGGGGAUUUGUGAUGUUGGCAACCUUUGUAGGCUGGCUGAUGCCACGUGGAGAGGGAAGCCUGCUUUUUUGCACAUUAACUCUUGGGAGGAUACAUUCCAAAGAACUGCAGGGGACUUGCCCUAUGUGUCAGUGUCUAAGGUUUUGUCCUGUAGACCGAAAGAAGACUGAUUUUCCUUGGAAACUGCUCCAAAUCUCUCCUGAAGCUUCACUGAAGAGCAAAUAGAUGGAAUGCCGUAGUUCUCACCCUAGGGAAGGAAGGCAGGGCAGGGGGGCUGUGUGCGGUAAGAGGAGGGCCUCACUGCCGGGGAUUGAGACUGCCACAAAGCAGGGGUGCCUGAGGAGGAGAUGGAAGUCUGAGGGUACCCUGCCUGGGUAUUUCCUUCUAACAACAUUUCCUUUUCUGUUUUCACCAUAAAUUUUGUUUUAAUGUGUGAGCCGCCAAAGUAGGAAGAAGACCGCAAAAACAGCAACCCUUUCAAUGCAUAAUGUACUUUUAAUAAAGUAUGAAUACUUCAUUUA